AUGGAGAAUUUAAGUAAUCCUACCGAAAAAACCAAAAAGCGUGCCAUAACAAAUUAUUUCACUCAAGUUACCGACGUUAGAGGUGCUAGCAGUGAAAUUGUUACUCAAACUCAUCCUGUUUCUGAGUUAUCUAGUGCUCAAAACACCGUUCGAAAUCAAGUUAUUGAACCUCGAAAUAAUGAUGUUGCAUUAUUUGUAAACUGCAGUUUGACUGAUGAGCAAAAACACUUAAUUCUUGUGAAACCGUGGAUUCCUCCUACCACGUAUGCAUUUCCAAUAACAGAGCAAAAUAAAAAAAGAAAACUUAAAUUUCAGUUUAAAUGGUUUACUACUUAUAACUGGUUGGUUUAUUCGGAGUUACAAGAAGGUGCUUUUUGCAAGUUUUGCAUGGUAUUUGCUACAACUGGUGGUGUUGGCCAACAAAAAUUAGGAGCUCUUACUCUAACAGCUUUCAAAAAUUGGAAAAAAGCUAAAGAAGUGUUUAAUGACCAUUCGAAUUAUGACUAUCAUAAACUGUCUGUUGCAAAAGCAGAAGGGUUUUUGAACAUCUAUAGCAACAAAAAACCUUCAAUAAUUAAUGCCUUAGAUGACGACAGAGAAAGACUGAUUCCAAUUAUAGAAUGUAUCUUACUAUGUGGAUACCAAGAAAUUCCCUUAAGAGGUAGUUAUGAUUUUGGUCCAAUUAAUUUUAAAACUUCAACUCAUAAUGAAGUUAAUAAGUCUCAAUGCUUUUCGGUGAUGGCUGAUGAGACCACAGAUGUUUCGGUAUCAGAACAAUUGACAAUAUGUGUACGAUAUUUAAGUGGUACUGGUUCUAAUAUUGAAAUAAAUGAGGAUUUUUUAAAAUUUUAUGAAAUUAGUAGCUUAACUGGAAAUGAUUUGGCAUCAGCAAUUCUCAAUGGGCUAAAUUCAUGUGGGGUAGAUUGUGAUUUUUUAUUUGGCCAAGGGUACGAUGGUGCAGCAAAUACGGCUGGUCGUUUUAAAGGAGCUCAAAAUAUUAUACGCUCUAAGCAUCCUAAAGCUUUAUACGUCCAUUGUGCUGCACACUCGCUCAACUUAGCAGUGUCAUCUGCAUGUAAUGUUCCAUCGAUUAGGAAUUGCCUCGGAAUUGUUGAAAAAUAUUAUUGUUUUUUUAAUUUCCCCAAACGAAAUCACGAACUUUUAGAAGUUAUCAAUAAUGGUGAUUGGCAACCUAAUGUAAAAUCUUUAAAACGUCUGUGUAUGACAAGGUGGGUACAAAGAUAUGACGCCAUCAAUGAUUUUAUUGAGUUAUUCCCUUGUGUUGUUACUGCACUAAAUAACAUAUCGGAAUGGAAUGAUGGUAGUGGUACAAGUACUGAUGCAAGCAUGUUAUUAAAUGCAAUUGAUUCGGAAUUUCUUGUGGCUCUUCAAGUUAUAAAAGUUUUAUUUUCAUUUGGUUUGUCACUAUGUAAACAGCUGCAAAAAAAAAACAUAGAUUUAAGAGAAAUGAUCAGUUUGGCCAAUAUCAGUAUCAAGGUUCUUGACAAUUUAAGAGAAAAUGUAGAUCAUGAAUUUAAAAAAAUGUUUAAAGAAGCUCAAAGAUUGGCUGAGAUGUUAGACUUUGAAAUAUCAGUCAAACGGUUAGCAAACCGUCAAAAACACCGUUCUAACUAUAUAUUAUCAAGUGAUGAUCCUGAAGAUUAUUAUCGGGUCUCUAUAUGUAUCCCUUUCAUCGAAUCUUUUAUAUAUCAAUUAAAUGAAAGAUUCUUGGCUAACCAAAAUAUUUUCAAAGAUUUUGAGACUCUGGUUUCUUUUUAUCUACCACAAAUUGAUUUGACUACAGCAAUCUGUGAGCUACAAAUUUGGAAACAAAAGGGCAAGUGUGUAGCAGUUGGUAGUGAUGAAGUGAUUACAUCAAAUGGCAUUAGAUGCUAUUAA